AUGCACCAGCACUACACCGUCCACUUCACCAAGGGCACCCUGCCCCCCCGGAGCCCUACCGAGAGCUACUUCUUGGACCCAGAGUUGGGGCACCAAAAAGGAAACCCGACCUGGUUCCUGCCAGUGGCCCCAGGAGUCAGGGACCCAGGCCCAGUCACCCCCACUUCCUUCCUUCCAGGAUGCUGCCAGCAGUGGUGCCAUGACCCAGCGGCCCUGCCAGCCCACAGGCCCUAUCAGCUGUCCCCCCAGGUGUGGUGGCAGGUCGCCUACCACAGCCACCAGGGGUGUGUCGGGGGCUGUCGCUGGGGCCCCCAGCCCCCUAUCCUGCAGCAGCAGAGGCAGCCCCACCCCGCACCUUCUAGCCCCCUGCGGCAGCAUCUCUGCCCUGUUCCUGGUGCCCAGAAGGGACCACCUACAGCCACCACUGCCCCCAAGGGACCGGCCUGCGCCCCCCAGCUGCCCCCUGCACCCACCACAGCACCCACCAUGGCCAGCAGAGGCCCAGCCCUGCCCUCCGCAACCAGCAUCCACAGGCCCACUGACCAGGCCACAGAGGAUGUGUGGCAGGGCGGUGAGCACCAGCUGGCUGGCCAGCUCUGGUUGUGGGAGGUGGUCCAUGAGCAGCUGCAGCAAGAGCGGCCAUUCCAGACCACGGCAGUGGCUGAGGGCCUGUCCCUGGCCAGAUCCUUUGGUUCCCAGGCCCCCAGUGUCUCUGCCACCCACUCCCAGAGGCACCACCGCUCGGGUCACCCAGAGAAAGAUAUCCUGACAGAGGAUGAUGUCUACUGCAGCUGCCUGGCCAAGACCCUCUGCCACGUGCCUGUGCCUGUGACCGUGGGUUUCUACGCUGCCUUUGGCUGCCGCCUGCACCUGAUGCUGGACAAGAUCACGGGUGAGGAUCUGUGUGUGUUGGGGGCGGCCACCACGCUUUCGGGCUCGGGCCUGCUCAUGGCCGUGUUCUCGGUGGGCAAGCACCUGUUCGUGAGCCAGCGCAAAAAGAUCGAGCGGCUCGUGUCGCAGGAGAAGUUCGGCAGCCAGCUGGGCUUCAUGUGCGAGGUGAAGAAGGAGGUGGAGCUGCUCACCGACUUCCUGUGCUUCCUGGAGAUCUACCAGCGGCGCCGGCUGCGCGUCGUGCUGGAGAUCACCGGGUUGGACACGUGCUACUCGGAGCACGUGGUGGGCGUGCUCAACGCCAUCAACACGCUGCUGUCUGACUGCCACGCGCCCUUCAUCUUCAUCCUGGUGGUGGACCCCAGCAUCCUGGCCGCGUGCCUCGAGAGCUCUGGCUCCAUGAAGGGCACGGCCGACAACGGCUACGUCUUCCUCAAUCGCACUGUCACGCUGCCCUUCUCCGUGCCCAUCAUGGGCCACCGCACGAAGCUGCAGUUCCUGCACGACGCCGUGCAGAGCCGCGACGACCUGUUGUACCGCGAGAUGACGCCCGCGAGUCUCUGGGACGUGUUCCGCGACAACAGCAGCGAGCUGCACUCCCUGACCAAGGAGCUGCACAACGUGCUGGACCUGGACGGCGACCCCGAGCUCUUCCAGCGCUUCCUGAGCGCCGACUUCCCCUUCACCGUGGCCGAGGCACAGAACCUGCUGCGCUGCACCGUCAACCUGGACCAUUCCAUCCGCCGCCGCAUGGGCCUCCUCCUGGCGGUCAAAGCGCUCAAACCGCCCAGCCCGCCCAAGUCCCCAGCCGGCGACGCCCCCCACGCUGCUAAUGGAGCCAACCACACCCCUUCGGCGGCCUCCACCGCCCACGGAGCCAGCCACGGAGCCAGCCACGACUCCCGGGCUGCCCGCGCUGUCACCAGAGCCAACCAGGCCCGCGAGGUCCCCCACCCCCGAGACAUGAAGCAAAGGCAUAAGCCCAGACCCGUGGCUUGAGUGUCCUGCGCUCAGGGAAUCCAGCUUUCAUUCAGGGGCGGUGCCUUGAAUGAAGGACUCUGGGGCAGCAAGGGCAACAGUGCCCCCUCUGCCCAGGUGAGGACACAUGCAGGGACCCAGAGCCCAGUGUUGGGAAUGAGGCCUGUGGUGGCCACAUUCCCCGCGUAAAUCUGAGCGUAGCUGACGACAGUGCCAGGAUCCCAAAGCUGCAGGACGACCACUGAAGACUCAGUUCAAGUGCAAUAAAUUAAGGCGUGAGAGCCUUUG